AUCAUCUUUCACUUAAGAAAAACAAAGAAAAAAUGGCGAGCCUUUAUAGUCAAGUUCCUUCUGUAUCAGCAAUUUUCUCUCUUUACACAUCUUUUUCCGCAAUCACUAUGCUUUUUCGAACAAUCCUCAACGAGAUUGUGCCUAAAAGAAUCAGAGAGUACAUAGCUAUGAAAGCUUUGGACUUCUUCUCUUCUUACUUUCAAUCUAGUUUCACUUUUGUGAUCGAGCAACGUUGGGAGUUUGUUGAGAAUCAGACUUUCCGUGCUGCUGAAGUUUACUUACCUACCCGUCUCGCCGGACUUUCUACCGGAAAACUUCUUGUGGGGUCAAGUAAUCUUAAGAAUCCAGCUGCUGAGCCAAAACUUGGAAUCCCUGUAAACACAAAGAUCAUUGAUGAGUUUGAAGGGAUUCAUCUUGAGUGGACUCUUCACUCUGUUGAAACUAAGAAGUAUCUACCCGAAAAACGGUACUUUCAUUUGACAUGUAAGAAGGAGUUUCGUGAGAAGAUCAUGACGGAUUACUUCACUUACUUGGCGAAAUCAGCGGAGAAGAUAAUGAGCCAUCGCGAGAAUCUCAAGAUCUAUACUUACAAUCAAGACCGGUCUAAAUGGGAAUCCGCUAUUUUCGAGCAUCAUACGACGUUUGAGACUCUAGCUGUUGAGCCAGAACUCAAGAAGACUUUGAUUGAUGAUCUUGAUGCUUUCUCUAAAGGAAAAGACUUCUUCAAGAGCGUGGGACGCGCUUGGAAGCGUGGAUAUCUUCUUUACGGUCCACCGGGAACUGGUAAAUCUUCUAUGGUAGCUGCCAUUGCUAAUCAUAUGAAGUAUCAUAUCUAUGAUCUUCAGAUUCAGAGUGUUAGAGAUGAUGGUGAGUUGCGGGAGAUUCUUACAUCAACCAAGAACCGGUCGAUUCUUCUCAUUGAAGAUAUUGAUUGUGGAGCUGAUGCUUCUCGUAGACGUCAGACAAAGAAAAAGGAAGAAGAUGGUGGAGAAGAUAAUAGUGAGCCACAAAAGAGGAAGAAGAAGUUUGAAGUUGGGAUUUCGUUGUCUGGAUUAUUGAACUUUGUUGAUGGACUUUGGUCAAGUUGUGGAGAAGAAAAAAUCAUAAUUUUCACUACUAAUCACAAGGAGAAGCUCGACCCGGCGUUGCUGAGACCAGGAAGAAUGGAUGUUCACAUUCUCAUGGACAAUUGUACGCCUUUUGUGUUCAAGAAGCUUGUGGCUUUGUACCUCAAAACCGAUGAGCACGCCCUUUUUGAUCCCAUUGAGAAGCUUAUCCUUGAAGUGAGUUCAACUCCGGCUGAAGUCACGCAGCAGCUUAUGGCGAGUAAGAACGCUGAUAUCGCGCUUAAAGGUCUCCUUGAAUUCCUGGAAAACAAGAAGAUGAAAAAGGAAGAAGAUUCUAGUGUGGAGGAAGAAGGAGAGAUUGAAGAUGCUGAGACUAAAGAAGCAGAAACAUAAGAUUAUCUUGAAGACUUAGUAGAAGUAACUCUUGUGUUUCAGCUCCUUUUGGUAAUAAAUAUCAUUGCUUUAG